AUGGACGGCAAUACGAGGUUCGCAGCAGAGAGUCAGAAGAAGCCCAUCGUCCCAGAUGACGACCUCGUGGAGCUAUUGUGGCACAAUGGGAGCGUCGUAGCGCAGCCCCAGGCGCACCACAGGCCGGCGCAGCCCUCUGACCGCGACCGCCCGGGCACCAGCGGCCUCACUGCCGAGGAGACCGCCGCGUGGUUCCUGAACACCCUCGACGACCCGCUGGAGAAGGACCUGUACACGCAACUUUGGUACAACACGAUCGCCGAUGCCGCCCUGCAACACGAGGGCACGUUCCCGGGCCCUACCUCGCAUCCUUCGUCGCCACCGCCACCCGUUGGGAGCAGCGGCGUCGAGUCUAGCUGGGUCGGCGACUUCUGCUCGACCUUCUGCGACAGCAACCAGGUGCCCAGGACGCCGACGGGGAUCAGGGGGAAGGACGCGGCAUUGCAGUCGGAGGUGCCGAGCGAUGCUGGCGCGCACGACGGCACAUCGUCAUCCGGUGGGUCCGGAAGCAACUAUGGGGGAUCCGGGCUGCCCAGUGACAGCGUCCAUGGCCACAAGAGGAAGGGAAUGUGUAGAGACGAGUCAGAUAGUCGAAGUGAGGUGAAAUUGCGGGAUGCCGAGUGUGAGGAGGCAACUGAGGAGACCAAACCCUGGCAGCGGCAUGGGCCGAAACGUCGGACUCGUGCAGCUGAAGUCCAUAAUCUCUCAGAGAGGAGAAGAAGGGACCGGAUCAAAGAAAAGAUGCGUGCGUUGCAAGAGCUGAUCCCACACUGCAACAAGGUUGACAAAGCAUCUAUACUAGACGAGACAAUUGAUUAUCUGAAGUCCCUCCAAAUGCAAUUUCAAAUCAUGUGGAUGACUUCAAUAAAUAUGAGAUCAUUUUCUUAUAACAAUAUAAAGCUGGGGAUUCCAAGCAUGACCCCAAGUUUCAUCAGAGAUGAACUAGCUGCUGAUGGAAAAGGUAAAGUGUGGUUGGUGCAAUUUGCAGCAUCUUUGCAUGUCCUGACACCUGCCAUGCCUAACUAUCAGGGUGGAGAGGAGAGGUCAGAGGAAGGAUGGCGAUGA